ACUUGCAUGCUACUACUCAUUCUGUUAAUCAGACCAACACCAGCCCUUUGAUUCUUCCUGAAGACAUCUUUGAAGAUGAUUGGACUAGCUAAAAAGUCUCAAGGACUUUACUGCUUAUCUUCUGCAAAUAGUAUAGAGUCUCAUUUGUCUUCCAAUAAAUGUAAUGUUUCUCAUGCUAGUCCUACUGUAAUAAAUAAAACCAUUUCAGAUGUUAAUCAUCCUGAAUGUUCAUCAUUAAUCUGGCACCUCAGAUUAGGUCAUGUCUCAAAUACUGUACUCAAGGAAUUAUCUCAUCAAUACAAAGAAAUUCCUUUUACUUCAUUUGAUAAUUGUGAUGUAUGUCAUUUUUCAAGGCAGAAAAGACUUCCAUAUCCUAACAGCACAAAUAAAUCUCAAAGAUUUUUUGAAAAGAUCCAUGUUGAUAUCUGGGGUCCUUUAUCUACAACUUCUAUUGAUGGUUUUAGAUAUUUUCUAACCAUUGUAGAUGACUUUAGUAGAUUUACAUGGAUUCACACUCUCAAACACAAAUCUGAAGUCAAGUCUUUACUCAUUCCAUUCAUUUUGUUAAUUCAGAAUCAGUUUGAUUGUCAUUUAAAACAACUCCGUUCAGAUAAUGGCAAAGAAUUUCUUCUUCAUGAUUUUUAUCAACUCCAUGGCAUUCAACAUGAAACAUCAUGUGUUGAAUGUCCUCAACAAAACUCAAUUGUUGAAAGAAAACAUCAACACAUUCUAAACACCACUAGAGCCUUAAUCUUUCAAGCAAAACUACCACACAAUUUUUGGUCAUUUGCUGCCAGACAUGCUACUCAUGUCAUCAACAGACUACCUACUCCAACACUACAUCAAAAGUCUCCUUUUGAAGUUAUCUACCAUUCUAAACCUGACCUACACUCUUUAAAACCCUUUGGUUGCCUUGCCUACUCUAGUACCUUAUCCUCAGGUAGAUCUAAACUAGAUAGCAGAGCAAACAAAUGUAUCUUUCUUGGUUUCAAAACAGGAACCAAGGGAUACAUUCUCUAUGACAUACAUCACAACAAUGUUUUUCUUUCCAGAAAUGUCACAUUCUGUGAAAAUGAUUUCCCCUUUCAUUCUUUCAAUACUGAUGUCACUUAUGACUAUAACUUUGAACCCACUCCAUCUGUUCCUUCAGAAAGUUUCACUUCAAAUUCCAAUUCAACAGACCUUUCCAUCACUCAUAACACCAGAACUAGGAAACCACCAGGUUACCUAAGUUCAUACUAUUGUGGUACAUCCAGAUCCUCUACCCCUACACCAUACAAACUUGAAUCAUAUCUUGAUUUUUCCAAAUGUUCCAAAGGUCAUACUGCAUUCUGUCAUAAUAUUUCUACUCAUACUGAACCCACUUCCUUUAAGCAAGCAAGUCAACAUGAAUGUUGGAGACUAGCCAUGGCUAAUGAACUGAAAGCUCUUCAAGACAAUCAAACAUGGUCCUUAGUUAGAUUACCUAAGGGUAAACAAACAGUGGGUUGCAAAUGGGUUUACAAAGUCAAGUUCAAAUCUGAUGGGACAAUUGAAAGAUAUAAAGCCCGUCUGGUAGCUAAAGGCUUCACUCAAACAGAAGGAGUUGACUUCUUUGAAACAUAUUCUCCAGUUGCUAAGCUAACCACCCUUCGCAUAUUGAUUUCCAUAGCCUCUACAAACAAUUGGUACAUUCAGCAACUUGACAUAGACAAUGCAUUUCUACAUGGCACUCUAUGUGAAGAAGUUUAUAUGAAACCACCACCAGGACUGCUACCAUCCAAAUCAGAUCUAGUUUGCAAGCUACACAAGUCACUCUAUGGUCUUAAACAAGCCAGCAGGCAAUGGAACCAAAAACUCACAUCUGCUCUUACCACUAUUGGAUAUCAUCAUAGCUCAGCAGAUUAUUCCCUUUUCAUCAAGAAAUCUGAUUCCAAAUUCACAUUUAUCCUCAUCUAUGUGGAUGAUAUAGUAAUUACUGGAAAUGAUCUUGAUGAGAUCACAACAGUAAAAACUUACUUAAACACUCAAUUCCACAUCAAAGAUCUUGGACAUCUCAAAUACUUUCUUGGUUUAGAAGUUGCACGUUCCAAGAAAGGCAUAGUCAUCAAUCAGAGGAAAUACUGUUUGGAACUCAUAGAUGAGUUUGGACUUGCAGGUUGCAAACCUGUAUCUACACCAAUUGAUCCUUCACAGAAACUUACUCCUGAAUCUGGUACACCACUACAAAAUCCUACAUCAUUUCGCAGGCUCAUUGGUAGACUUAUUUACCUUACCAAUACUAGACCUGACAUCUCCUUUGCAGUACAACAUUUAAGCCAGUUUGUCUCUAAUCCUAGAGAUACUCAUCUAAAUGCUGCUUUACGAAUCCUCAAAUACCUCAAAUCAUCUCCUGGACUUGGUCUUUUUUAUCCAUCCUCAAACACUUUUAACAUUCAAGCAUUCUCUGAUUCAGACUGGGCUACAUGUCCUACUACAAGAAAAUCCAUCACUGGCUUUUGUGUAUUCCUUGGAGCUUCACUUAUUUCAUGGAAAUCCAAGAAACAAAGCACUGUUUCCAGAUCUUCCUCUGAGGCAGAAUAUAGAUCCUUAGCUUCAUUAAGUUGUGAACUGCAAUGGCUUCAAUUUUUACUCACAGAUCUUGGUAUUCCAUUGAAACUUCCAUUUUGUGUAUACAGUGACAGUCAAUCUGCAAUUCAGCUAGCUAAAAAUCCAUCAUUUCAUGAAAGAACAAAACAUGUGGAAGUUGAUUGCCAUUUUAUAAGAAUCAAGGUUGAUCAAGGUCUAAUAAAACUGUUCUUUGUUCCCUCAGCCAAUCAAGUGGCAGAUUCAUUCACAAAGGCUUUGUAUCCAUCUACCUUUCAGAAUAUUAUCUCCAAGCUUGGUCUUCAUUCCAUAUACGAUCCAGCUUGAGGGAGGGUAAUAACACAGGCAUAUUUCAUGCAGUCAUAUGCAUACUACGUGAGGGAGCACAUAGAUUAGUUUUAUUCUUUUUACAAGUUGUUGAGAUCUUGUUACAAGUUGUUACGCAGAUAUUUUUCAUACCUUGAUAUAAAUACUCUUGUAACUAGCUAGCUAAAGUCAAUGAGAAAGUUUAUCUUCUUCUCUUUCAUUUUCUCUCUCGUUUAUCUCUCGUAGAACUGCU